CUCUUUUCUGAGAAUAUGCCCUUAAGAGAAGUCAUUGUUCACUUCAUGAAACAGUUGCCAGCAAGGACCCCAACAGAAGAGAACAUGGGGACACCCUCCUGGACUCCCCAAGAAACUUCCCUGGAAACAGGACAAGGAGAUAAAGAUAAAAAAAAUGGAGACAACAUUUAUCACAUGAAUGACAGUAUUACUAGUCAAGGCAAUGAAAUACCUUCCCUGCUCAUUAUCCAGGAAGAGGACUGUCCUAGGCUUGAAGAGGACAGUGUUUCUUUGAAGAAUCUGCUCAGCUCUGGAAGAGCAGGUGUAGGCACAUCCAGGUCCAAGGAAGGGUCCCUGAAGGGACCCUCAUAUCAAGAUGUCCUUAUAGAGGGGGGACCAGGGUUUCUCUCUCAGUCAAUCCAGGUCACCCCUGAGCCUGUUCCUACCCACCAGAGAACUGAGGGGAGCUCCACAUGUGGGGGACACCAAGGAAGAUGCCAUGAAGCCCACAACUCAUACAGAUGUGAAAAGUGUCCCAAGAUCUUUAGGUAUUUCUCUCAGCUAAAAGCCCAUCAGAGAAGACACGAUAACGAGAGGACAUUUACUUGUGCUGAGUGUAACAAAGGCUUCUUCCAAGCAUCAGACCUACACGUGCAUCAGAAGAUUCAUGCAGAAGAGAAGCCUUUCACGUGCAGCACGUGUGAAAAAUCCUUCAGCCACAAAACCAACCUUCUGGCACAUGAGAGAAUCCACACAGGAGAGAAGCCCUAUGAAUGUUCCCUCUGCCAUAGAAGGUACCGCCAGUCGUCCACCUACCACCGCCACCUGAGAACUCACCAGAAAAUUGCCUUCAGAGGUAUUCCCUCCACACCAGAA